CCAGCAUUGCCGAGAUGCAGCUGCCCUGCACUGAUGCAAACUUUAUGUCCAUGCGGGAAUAUAGACAAACUGCCAAAGACGAGUGAAACUAGAAGAAAUAUAUCCUCUUUGUCAAGGAUUUAAUGCAUAAUUUAAGGAAAGAGGAACCCCCUUUACCUGGAAACCAUCAGGGAAUCUGCUGUUCCCGUCUGAAGGGAAAGAAGACAGAGUGACUCGGUGACAUGAUGGUGCCACAAAUGGACAUAUUUCUUCAGUCGCAGAUGAUGCAUGACGCUUGAUCCACCCUGCUGGAAGCUGAAUGACUCACAGCAGAUUCUCCAAGGAAGUGAAGAUCUUUUCAACACAAAGGACCCACUGCCAGUCAGGUCGCGGGGGAAGUAGCUUCAGCAGGGAUACCCAGACUUCCCUUUCCCCAGCCACUUUUUCCAGCUCUUCUGGAGAGAUCCCAAGGCGUUCCUAAGCCAGGCGAGAGACAUAGUCUCUACAGCGUGUCCUGGGUUGUCCUCAGGGUCUCUUUCCAGUGGGAUAUACCCGGAACACCUCACCAGGGAGGUGUCCAGGAAGCAUCCGAAUCAGAUGCCCCAGCCACCUCAUGUGGCUCCUCUAAAUGCGGAGAAGUAGGGCCUCGACACUGAGCCCCUCACGGAUGACCGAGCUUCUCUAAGGACACUCUGCGGAGGAAACUCAUUUCAGUCACUUGUAUUAUUUAUUAUCAAAUAAUGCCCAACAAUAUCACAUUAAAGCAAUAAUCUUUUUUUUUAAUUAAAUAACAAAUGCAGCCACAAUACAUGCCUUCCAUUAACUUUCAUUGUUUAUACACAUGAAACACAAACAAUCAGCUCAGCAGGCAGAGAAUAUUAAUUAUGUAAUUGUAUAACUGGAUAAAAUUGAACUUUAACAGGCCGAUUCACCAAAAUGCGACGACGAUGGCAAUGCAAUUUGUUUAAUUUUUUUAAACACUCUAUUCACCUUGUGUGCACGUUCACAAAGAUGGGUGAAAAUGGAUAAGUAAAAUUAGGAAUAAAUAAGUCAUUGUUGGAGUCCUCUUUGAUUAAUAUCAUCAUUGUGAAAAUAGGAUGUUUUCAAUAAUGUGUGCUAAAAAAAUCACUGAUACUAAAGGCCUGCUAUAUUUGUCUGUCUCUUUUACACAUUUUUCAUUUUAUUUUUCUCUUUUUUUCACAGUGGCGCAAAUCUGGAAUUCAAACAUAACUCCUCUAUAGUCAGACCUGGGACUUUUGUCUACAAAUUUAAGAGAAAUUUACAGCUAUGAGUAUUGGAAGACUUCCAGGGAUUAAGGGCCUUGUGUCUGGCUCCCAAGACAGACGACGUUUUAAGAGCGAACUCUCCGUUGACAUGAUCAGCCCACCGAUGGGCGACUUCCGGCACACGAUGCACGUCGGCCGUGGCGGAGACGUCUUUGGCGACACUUCGUUCCUUAGCAACUAUGGAGGCGUCAGGGAGCCAGGGAGCCCCGACUCGGCAAACAGCUCCAAGUCUAUGGGCUUCUUCACACGCACCUUCAGGCACAUACGAAAGAAUUCUGGGCCACGGGGAGAACUUCGGGACCUUUCAUCCCCGCCGCCAGACAUCUCGCCCAUCAUCAAGAAUGCCGUCUCCUUGCCUCAACUCAACAGUGAUUCUCCCAAUGGGUGCCUGCAGAGGGUGAUGCUCCCGAGCUCCAUCAGCUCAACUGAUAGUGCCAUCUGCACAUAUGGUAUCCAGUCUGGAUUUGUCACCUUGCCACGCUUCUCUCGCCUUGACAGACCCUUUCUAGAUGGAGAACACAGAGUGUCUCGACGAGAACGUCACGGAAAGGCCGUGGCCCGUUCAGACUCCCUCACCUCGUUCACUUUAGACCUCGGCCCAUCCCUGUUGAGUGAGGUUCUGGGCUUUUUUGACAACCCUACCUUCCUCCAGGUUCCCGGCCGAGUCGCCGCAGCCGAGGAGGAAGAGAAAGGCGAUGACGAUGAUGAGGAGGAGGAUGAGCGCUCUCUAACAGAGACAUUUGUGAGCCCUGCUGUGAGUUCCACCAACUCCUCUUUGCGCAGCGGGUCGUCGAGGAGGAACGUGAACGGUAAGGAGGACUCGUGUAGCAGCAGCUGGACAGAAGAGGACAGGGGGACAGUCGUAGAAUCCUCCAAAUCUCCUGCAAGGUCUCCUCCAAAACAAGAACCUGCCAUGGAGUCGGAGCGCUUCCAGAAGGCAGCUGAUGUCCUGUCUCGACAUUACGGCGGAGGGUCCGUCAAAAGGAUGAGUCCCCCUCUUUCCAAAACAUCAUACCCCUUCUCCGAAGAGGAAGAAGAAAUCAAAGUUUAGACGAGAACAAUCAAUUCUGCUCUGCAAUAAUCUCGCUGCCACGAUCUUUUUUUUGUUUUUUUACAGUUUAUUUAAGUUGUUGUAAUAGUUACAUAAUUGCAUCUUGAAAUACCUGGUUUAAAUAUUUAGUCUUAUUAAUGUAAAGGAUUUAUAAAGGAGUCAAAAUUUUCACUUUGCAUAUUUUAAGAAAAGUAAACGUUGAGGUUAAACCUGAUUACAUUAUUUGAAGUCAGUCCUCCUGUGAAAAUUGUUAGCAUAGAUAUUUUGUAGAUAUGUUUGCUGUUUUAACAAAAGAAAACACAAAUAAUAACAUGUUCCAAACAGAUGU